AUGACCAAUGUUUGGAUGUCUUCUUCUGAUGUUUUCCUCACAGCGCGUCUGACUGUGAGUCCCAGCAGCUCUCAGUUUUUCCAAGGAGACUUUGUGACUCUGAGCUGUGAGGAGGACGACAGCUCUGCUGGAUGGACUCUGAGGAGAAACACAAGCAAAGAAACCAGAACUGAGUGUGGAGAUCACAAUCAAGAAUGGGGAGAGCCACCUGGUUCUUCCUGUAACAUCAGUUACACUGACAAAGUUGACAGUGGAGUUUACUGGUGUGAGUCCAGAGAGGGUCCCAUCAGUAACAUGGUUAACCUGACAGUCACUGGUGGAUCAGUGAUCCUGCAGAGUCCUGUCCUCCCUGUGAUGGAGGGAGAUGACGUCACUCUGCUCUGCGAAGAAAAGAAUUCCUUCAACCUCACAGCUGCUUUCUAUAAAGAUGGCUCCCUUAUCGGCAACGAGAUCACAGGUCACAUGAUCAUCCAGCAUGUUUCCAGGUCUGAUGAAGGCCUCUACAAGUGUGACAUCAGCGGUCAUGGAGAGUCUCCAUCCAGCUGGAUCACU